AUGGGCGAAGCGACGACGGAGCAUGAGAUCGGCAUGGAGUCGCAGAAGGAGUUCGCCGUCUACUUCGCGGUCACGAGCUGCUUCGUCAUGCUCGCGAUCCUCGUGAGCAACUACGUCGCCCACCACAAGCACUGGUUCCUCCUCCCGGAAGCCGCCGCGACCAUUCUUGUGGGCAUGCUCGGUGGCGUGCUCUACCUCAUGCACACGAGCUCCGUCACGCAGUCGCUGGCGACCUUUGACCCGAGCAUCUUCUUUGUCGGUCUCCUCCCGCCCAUCAUCUUCAACUCGGGCUACACGAUGAAGCGCCGCUUCUUCUUUGACAACAUCACCGCCAUCGUCACGUACGCCGUCGCGGGCACGACGAUCUCGAGCUUUGUCGUUGGCUCCAUCGUGUACACGGCCGGGUACAUUGGUAUUAGCCUCAAGCUGACGCUGGCCGAAGCGCUCUCGUUCGGCGCACUCAUUAGCGCCACGGACACGGUGUCGGUCCUCGCCAUCUUCCAAGAGCUCCGCGUCGAGCCGACGCUCUUCUACCUCGUCUUUGGCGAAAGCUCGCUCAACGACGCGGUCGCGAUCGUGCUCUUUGCGUCCUUCUCCAAGUUUAUCGGCAACGCGUUCACGGCGAGCGCGAUUCCGCUGGCCGUCAUGGACUUCUUCUUCAUCUUUGUCGGGUCGACGCUCGUGGGCGUCCUCUUUGGCAUGCUCUCGGCGCUCCUCUUCAAGCACUACGACUUCAAAGGCUGCCUCUUCCACGAAGUCGCGAUCUACGUCAUGUUCUCGUACCUCCCGUUCUCCGUCUGCAACGUCUUUGACCUCUCCGGCGUCGUCGCGAUCCUCUUUACCGGCAUUGCCAUGAAGCACUACACGUGCAACAACCUCACCGAGGAAGGCAAAGCCACAUGCGCCAAGUUCUUCAAUGCGAUCUCGUACCUCUCGGAAGCCACCAUCUUCCUCAACUUGGGCCUCGCAGUGUUUUCGAUGCAGCAAGGGUUUCACUUUUCCUUUGCGUUCUGGACGCUCUUUGGCUGCCUCGCCGGCCGCGCGCUGCACGUGUACCCGCUCUCGUACGUCAUCAACAGCCGCAAGACGCCCGAGCGCCAGAUUCCCAAGGCCACGCAGCACAUGCUCUGGUUCAGCGGUCUCCGCGGCGCGCUCUGCUUUGCGCUCGCGCUCGAGUGGCCCAACGAGCUCCAGCGCCACUACAUCAUCAACGUGACCAUGGUCAUCGUGCUCAUCACGCUCUUCAUUGGCGGCGGCGCGACCGUGCCCGUCCUCAACUACUUGCAAAUCAAGCGCCUCUCGCCGUCUGAGGAAGCCGCGGUCGACCAGCUCGUGCGUCCGCUCAAGCGCAUGGCGAUCCUCGAGUUCGACGCCAAGUACCUCGUGCCGUUCUUGACGCACAUGACGCCGGCCGACAUGGCGCCCAAGCCCGCCGACGCCGCGCCCGAGGUCGCGCACAGCGAAGAGCUGCGCCCCGUGGCCGCAACUGCCAACGAAGACGAAGAGGGCAUCGACUUUUCCAACUUGCACUAG